GCAGGGGGUUAGGUGAUGACGUCGCGCGCAGGGGGUUACGUGGUGACGUCGCGCGCAGGGGGUUACGUGGUGACGUCGCGCGUAGGGGGUUACGUGGUGACGUCGCGCGCAGGGGGUUACGUGGUGACGUCGCGCGCAGAGAGCCGCGAAGAGGAAGCAGCAGUCGCUGCUGCUGCGAGUGGCGAACUCGUGGAGCCGCGAGAAGAUCGCGCGCACCAGAGAGGGCCAUUCAACAACAACAACAGCGGCAGCGACGACGGCGGCGGCGAAUACAGCCUACUGCGGUGCGCCACAAUGAAGCUACAGCCGCCCUGGGCCGUGCUGCUGCUGUCUCUGCACUUGUGCGCCCAGGCGCUGGCAGGACGCGACUUCUACAAGAUCCUGGGGGUGUCUCGCUCUGCCUCCACGCGGGAGAUCAAGAAGGCGUACAGGAAACUCGCCAUGCAGCUGCACCCCGACAAGAACCCCGACGACCCGCAGGCGGCCGACAAGUUCCAGGACCUGGGCGCUGCCUACGAGGUGCUGUCAAAUGAAGAAAAGCGGAAGACGUACGAUCGUCACGGAGAGGAAGGGCUCAAGGAAGGCGGCCAUGGCUCCCAUGCCGAUGCGUUCUCACACUUUUUUGGAGAUUUUGGAUUUGAAUUCUUUGGGGGAGGAAGCAGACAGCAAGACCGUAACAUCCCCCGAGGAAGUGAUGUUGUCAUGGAGCUUGAGGUCACCCUUGAAGAAGUUUAUUCAGGAAACUUUGUUGAGGUUGUAAGGAACAAGCCGGUGGCAAAACAGACUUCGGGGAAACGGCGGUGUAACUGCCGACAGGAGAUGCGAACAACGCAGCUGGGACCUGGGCGUUUCCAGAUGACACAGGAAACUGUCUGUGAUGAGUGCCCGAAUGUCAAGCUGGUCAAUGAGGAGAGAACUUUGGAGGUGGAGAUAGAGCCAGGUGUUCGGGACGGCAUGGAAUACCCAUUUCUGGGAGAAGGCGAACCUCACAUUGACGGAGAGCCCGGAGAUCUCCGCUUCAGAAUAAAAGUUCUCAAGCACCCAGUCUUUGAGAGGCGAGGAGAUGAUCUCUACACAAACAUCACCAUCUCAUUAGUGGAUGCACUUGUUGGUUUUGAGAUGGAUAUCAUUCAUCUGGAUGGACAUAAGGUAAAGAUCGUCCGAGACAAAGUGACGUGGCCUGGUGCCCGGAUAAGGAAGAAGGAAGAAGGGCUGCCUAACUUUGACAACAACCACCAUCGUGGUUCACUCAUCAUAACUUUCGAUGUCGACUUCCCAAAGGGGGAGCUCACCAUCCAGCAGAAAGAUGAUUUGAAAGAGCUUCUGAAGCAAGAAUCAGCUCAAAAUGUAUACAACGGACUUCAGGGAUAUUAAUCCUUAAAAAUGAGUUUGCCACUUUUUGAAAUGUCUCACGCUGUAUUUAUAAUUUAUGUAUAGGUUGAGAAUUUUUCCUCAAAUUAAAGAAUUACAUUUCACCUUGUGGUCAAUUACAUCCAUAAAGGAUUACUACAAAGGGGUGUUAAAACAUGUCAACAUUCUGACAAAAAUAUACAAUCCUAAAAUCUUGCCACUCUUAUUAAUGCCUUAUGCACAUGUGCUGUGUCACUAAGUACCAUUGUGCGCAUAAUUCUCUGGCAGCUUAUUAACAUUUAGUAAAACAAUAGAAACAAAGUUUGUUCAACCCUCUUAAAAUAUUAACAGUAAAUGCCAUUGUGCUAGUUUUCACAUGUCACCUGUUUAAGGCUUCAGUGGCAAAAUGUAAAAUUAUAAAUUGCUGUAAUUAAUGCAUCAACGUCAACAAAUUGAGCAACUUGGUAUAAAAUACAGUACUUUCAUUUAUGGAUUCCGUGUGCCUAAUUUUUCUAGACUUUUUUUCUACCCACAUGCACCUGUGCUGAAUGAGUUUGAGUAGAUUUUCUGCAAGUUGUGUGGAAGUACUUAGGUUCCAUUACUAAAGCUACAGAUCUGCUGCCAAUUGGGAAAUGACUUCGAAAAAUAUUUGAGUCACUUGUAGUUGAUGCUAGUGCCAUGGAAGGCACACAUUAAUAUAAAGGAAGAUAAGAAGCCCUUGAACUUUAUACUAAAAGUAGUUGAAUGGACUGAAUUGCUUGUUUUUUUGUUUUCCUUUGGUCUUCCUAUUAUAUUCAAAUGUAGUAAUGACUAUCAUGCCAUUUCCACGUGGAAUAUGAAAAGAAUAGUGAACAGAUAUUUCUAAAAGCCCUGCAAUCGUCUCUUAUCAGCACGAGGUGUUUUUUAUUUGGCAAAUGCUUUUUCAUGUGACUUAUACACAGAGCUCUAAAUGCAGCUAGCUACGUUCUUGUCGUGUCCCCUGCGAGAGUACCCAGCCAUGUAGAACAUGUCUGGGGAAAAACAGGUCCCUGCAGGGUGGGCUGGUAGGAACAUUGGAAUUUUUUUACACCCAACAGCACGAGAUUUCACUUCGUUAAAGUAUUGAAAGGGGACGGACGGACGGACACAUUAAUCUAUUGCAGGCUGGUACACUCAGUUUACAACUUCGUUCCUACCAGUAAUAGCUGCAGCUAGCUGAUGGAAUCGUCAUGAUCCUGGCCAACACGUGACUGCAGCACAAGGUGGUGCAAGUCUCGUAUGCCCUGCUAUAGAGGCAUUUGUUACACGGCAAACCACAUUUUGUUAAGUCUUCAAAGCUGGAGUAAAUCUGAAUUAAGUAAACACUACUGAACAGAGGAUUAUUUGUGCAUCCAUUGGUUAUCAGGCUGCACCCAUCUACCACUAAGACUGAGAAAGGUGUAUCACCACGGGUGGGUCGCUGAAUUCCAAGGCAAAAUCUCAGCAGUACUGACUCGGUGCCCUGAUAUGGUACUAUGUAUGUGUUAUGUUUAAGCUGCCCCCUAUCCACCUUUAUAUAUGGAUUUACAUUGACAUUUGAAGAAGACUACAUUUUCACCCAGAUAACCCAAGUUUAGAGACGUUUAAAUUCUGCAUAAAAAUAUUUCAACUGCAAUAAUGUAUCUUGUUGUGUGAUGGGUGGGUUCUUUAAUAACAUUUGUGGAAUAUCAUUGGUAAGGGUAACUAGUGAAAAACAAAUGUAAUUUCCCUUUUUAAAACCGUGGGUACCAUUAACAGUCCUGCAUCACUUUGUGAUUUAUAUAUUCAAACUUAUGCUUUUGUUGGGUUAUCUGAAAUUUUACAGGGUAAUUUAUGGGAAUUGUUUUAAUGUACUGUAUGAAUUUUGCCCCAGCUGUGGAUAAACUCUUGUCGCCAGAUGCUCAAGGCAGGCCCCGUCAAUGAUGGUUUGACAGUAUUGUGCCCACGGGGGAAAAUCCCAUCCCUUGUCUCGUGGAGGUAUUGUUUACCCCUCUUGUAAUAAAGUGUUUUUCACACCUU